AGGGCACUGACCCUCACACAAUCGAAAAAACUCACUUUGCAGCCGAGGAAGACACAGAAACCAGCAUGGCUCCACACUCAGCUAUACUUUCCACCUUUGACCACCUGAGAUUUACUGAUAAAGACAAAUUUAAGCUGAGAAAGCCAAUGGUAGAAAAGAUGCGCCGAGACCGCAUCAACAAUUGCAUCGAUCAGCUGAAGAAGCUGUUGGAGAAGGAACUCUGCAGCCAAGACCCAAACACCAAGCUGGAGAAAGCUGACAUCCUGGAGAUGACCGUCAGCUUUCUGAAGCAGCAGCAGAGGCUUCCGGGAGCACUGGCUCAGAGAGACUAUAACCAAGGCUACUCUCAGUGCUGGAGGGAGUCUCUGCAUUUCCUUAACAUCCACUCCAACAGAGGACAAUCUACCCAGGAGGUCCAACAGAUCCACCAGAGAUCCAGCACAGAGCUCAGCCACAGCUUAUCUGUGCACAGCUCCAAACAUAGCCAUGCCACUCAACAGCAACCCGGCAGGCCUGUCUGGAGGCCCUGGUAGAAACAUGGAGGACUGAAAAACCUGAGGAACAGUGAUGUUCAUGUCCCUCAAGAAAGUAGGAGAUAUUAAUUUCCACAAUUUAAGUGUUGCCAUCAUAUUGAUUGGUGAAACCUUGUGUUUUUUUGUGUCAUCAAUGAGACAGAAGACUUUUUAAAGACUGUGGCCUUAUUAGAUAUAGAUGUUUCCUCCAUGUAUCAUUUAUUCUAAGUUUUAUUUUCUUCUUUUUACUUUUAUUUUCUAGAGCAAAUGGUCUGUACAUGGUUUGUGUGAUGUCUGUGUAUUUAACUACAGUUAACUCCAGUGGAGUCUAUAUGGUAUGCAAAUCAGAUCUAUGAAUUUGUGUUGUAUUUCCAGGUGUUUCGGAGAAUAUUUCUCAUUGUGUUGCGAGUGCAGCACAAUAUGUUAAAUUACAAUUAAGGGAAACUUUGAUAAAGGAUCCAAUCCAUUGUGUGUGAGAGUGUGUGUGUGAGAGUGUGUGUGUGUGUGCGUGCGUGUAUGCAUAUUGUACUUAACAUAUCUUGUGUUUUAACAUAUUUUUAUGAUUCCUUUUGUAAGCUCUUAUAUCUUUGUUAAUAAUUUUAUUUUGCAAAUAAAAUAUUCACUGUCUGGAAUUAAUUUUA